AAAUAAAAAUAAAAAAAAUGAUCGUUUUUAUAAACCAGAAAUAGCUGGCCAACCCUUGUCAUCCUCUCGAACCCUAAUCAAGCCGGCUCAUCUCAAAAGAAAGAAAGAAAAAAUCCCAGAAAUUGCAUCUCUCCGCCACCCUCAGAUUCUCCCUUUCCGUUACUCAAACCCUUGUCCUCCGUCUGAUUCCACCUGAUCCUUCCCCGGAACCGAAGUCCUUUAACCGUAAUUUAAUCAAAGUUUAUUACCUAACCGCGUAACCAACCAACCCGGUCACAACCUGCAAACCAAACAGAAAAAGAAUAAUGGAUUCAGAUUUGGAACCAGUAGCUCUCACUCCACAGAAACAAGACAGUGCAUGGAAGCACUGCGAGGUCUACAAAUACGGAGACCGAGUCCAGAUGAGAUGUCUCUACUGCAAGAAGAUGUUCAAAGGAGGCGGCAUCACCCGCGUCAAAGAGCACCUCGCGGGCAAGAAAGGCCAAGGCACCAUCUGCGACCAAGUCCCCGAGGAGGUCCGCCUCUUCCUCCAGCAGUGCAUCGACGGCACCGUGAGGCGUCAGAGGAAGAGGAGAAGGUCGAGCGCUGAGCCUCUGCCUAUCGCUUACUUCCCUCCGGAAGAGACUCAGGUCGUCGAGGGCUCUUACGUCAACAACGGGGAUGUGGUUGCAGCUGGUGGUGGACAGAGCUCGGGGAGGACGAAGCAGAGGACUUACAGGAGUAGGAAGAACAUUGUAGAGAGAAGUGAGUUGGCUAAUGUUGAGGAUUUGAUUGGUGGAGAUAUGGAUAAUCUGAUCCCUGUUGCUAUUAGUAGUGUUAAGAACAUUGUGCAUCCUUCUUCGAAGGAACGUGAGAAGACGGUUCACAUGGCGAUCGGGAGGUUCUUGUUUGAUAUCGGAGCUGACUUUGACGCUGUGAGCUCUGUUAACUUCCAGCCGUUGGUCGAUGCGAUUGUUUCAGGAGGGUUUGGUGUUUCUCUUCCCGCUAAUGAAGACAUCAAAAGUUGGAUUUUGAAGAGCUGCGUAGAGGAAGUGAAGAAUGAUAUCGACGAGUGCAGGCCCCUGUGGAAGAAGACAGGCUGUUCUGUUCUAGUCCAGGAAUCGAAUAAAGUACUUAACUUCUUGGUUCACUGUCCGGAGAAAGUAGUGUUCCUGAGAUCCUUUGAUGCCUCAGAGAUACUCACUUCUGAUGAUGAUGAUGAGUUGUGUGAGGUACUUAAGGAGGUGGUUGAGGAGAUAGGAGAGACCAACGUCGUUCAAGUGAUCACCAAAUGCGAAGGCCAUUACGUCUCCGCAGGGAAGAAGCUGAUGGAAGCCUAUCCUUCUCUCUACUGGGUUCCUUGCGCUGCACACUGCGUAGACAAGAUGCUCGAAGAGUUCGGGAAGAUAGACUGGAUAAGAGAAAUCAUCGAGCAAGCGAGAACCGUCACGAGGAUCAUCUACAACCACAGCGGCGUCUUGAACCUGAUGAAGAAGUUCACUUACGGCAACGACAUUCUCCAGCCAGCUUUCACCACUUACUCCACUAACUUCGCGACAAUGUCCCGAAUCGCCGAGCUAAAGCCUCAUUUACAGGCGAUGGUUACAUCAUCCGAGUGGAACGAGUGUUCGUAUUCUAAAGAAGCUGGUGGUUUAGCGAUGACGGAGACCAUCAACGACGAGAGUUUCUGGAAGGCGUUGACGCUGGCGAACAACAUAACAGUUCGUCUCUUGCGCGUUUUGAGGAUUGUUUCUGCUGCGAGGAGGCCUGGAAUGGGGUAUGUCUAUGCGGCAGUGUACAGAGCGAAGGAAGCGAUUAAAACGCAUCUGGUUCACAGAGAGGAUUACAUGGUCUUCUGGAAGAUUAUAGAUAAGUGGUGGUUGCAGCAGCAGCGUCUUCCUUUGCAUGCUGCUGGUUUCUAUCUUAACCCCAAGUUCUUCUACAACAUUGGGGAAGAGAUGCGUAGCGAGAUACACUUAGCUGUGGUUGAUUGCAUAGAGAAGCUGGUCCCUGAAGACAAUAUUCAAGAUAUAAUAGGAAAGGACAUUAACUCUUACAAGAAUGCUGUUGGGAUCUUCGGAAGGAACUUGGCAAUUAGAGCUCGAGACACAAUGCUUCCUGCUGAAUGGUGGUCUACGUAUGGAGAAAGCUGCUUGAACCUGUCACGAUUUGCUAUACGUCUUCUGAGUCAGACGUGUAGCUCAUUGGUUGGCUCUGGAAGGAUCCUGGCACCAAUGGAGAAAGUAUAUGAAUCCAAGAACUCUAUUGAGAGACAGCGUCUUAGUGAUCUUGUGUUUGUUCAGUACAACAUGCGCCUCAGAAGACUGGGGGUUGAAAGCGGAGAUGACAAUGCAGACCCGUUAUCACAGAGCAACAUGGAGCUUCUUGAAGACUGGGUUUCAAGAAACCAAGUUUGCAUAGAAGGAAUUGGAAGCUCGGACUGGAAGUCACUCGAGUCCUUUAAGAGGACAGAAGUAGCAGCGGUUGUCAUCGAUGAAACAGGAGACUUGGGGACAGGUUUCGAUGAUGGAGAGAUAUUUAAGGGAGAAAAGGAAGUGAGUGAUGAAGGUUAUUUCACAAACAUAUCGGAGAAACUGUUCACGUGAACUCACUAAGAAGAAUCUCUUUUUUUUUUUUAAUGUAAUCAUAGGGGUUUGUUUGAUUUGGAGAACCAUUUGUGAUUUCCUCCUCUCUUAGGGGCUUGGUUGGUUUGUAUUCUAUAUAGUUUAUACUAAUUGAUGCUGUUGUCCCAUAAUUACUGAGCAUGCAUUUCUUCUCUAUUUAGUGAGUCCAUCCAAAACCAUUCAGACAUUUUGAUUGUUUUAUUUUUUAUUUUUAGGUUUUGUCCAAUCUCCAUAAUGAUUUAUUGUUUCACAAUU